UGCCGCUCAUGCGCCCUGGCAGGAGCUCUGGACCCCACAACCAGCCGUCGGGUAGUGAACGUAGUCCUCCGGUUUAAAAGACGAAAAACAUGGUAUCUGCUGCGGUGCUCUUUCUUUUAACUGUCUUUUCUGUCUGUGGAAAAGCUGCAGCAGAAAGGAAACUAGUUUAUGUGACUGUGUUGUUCCGGCAUGGUGACAGGUCCCCAGUCAAAGCUUACCCUACUGACCCACACCAAGAGAGCGCCUGGCCACAAGGGUUUGGACAGCUAUCACAGACAGGGAUGCGGCAGCACUUUGGUCUGGGUCAGUUUCUGAGGAAGCGGUACAAGGGAUUCCUUAACGAAUCCUAUGAGAGACACGAGGUCUCCGUUCGCAGCACAGACUACGAUCGCACCCUGAUGAGCGCUGAGGCCAACCUUGCAGGUCUCUACCCACCCUCUGGUCAGCAGAUCUUCAAAGAAAACUUGCCGUGGCAGCCAAUACCUGUACACACGGUGCCACAAAGUGAAGAGAGGCUACUCUCGUUUCCUUUGGGUGACUGUCCUCGCUACAAACAGCUGAUGAACGAAACCGAACACACGGAAGAAUUUAUUAAUGUCACCAAUACAUACCAGGACAUUAUAGAGCUGGUGAGGAAUAAAACCGGACUGAAUAAGACUAAUGUGGAAUCAGUCUGGAGCGUGUAUGACACACUCUUCUGUGAGUCCCGUCACAACAUGACUGCUCCUGACUGGGUGACUGCUGAUGUCAUGGAGAAGCUCAGAGUGCUCAAAGACUUUAGUUUCCAGGUUAUGUUUGGGUUCUACAAACAACAGGAGAAGAGCCGGCUGCAGGGAGGUAUCCUGCUGGGUGAAAUAGUAAAGAACCUUUCCGACAUGUCCGUCCCAGACCCAAAACAGAGACUGAAAAUGAUGAUGCUUUCAGCGCAUGACACCACUGUAUCCGCUCUUCAGGCCAGCUUGAAUGUGUUUAAUGGACUACAGCCACCAUAUGCCUCCUGUCAAAUAUUUGAGCUGUACAGGGACAACGGCUCUGUUUCAGUGUCGAUGUUCUACCGGAAUGACAGUGCAGUGGAGCCGUACCCUCUGCAGUUACCGGGCUGCUCCCUUGACUGCCCCCUAGAUGAGUUUGUGAGAAUUACAAAGCUCUCUAUUUCAGAAGACAGGGACAAAGAGUGUCAAGUGUAUUCCAAAGGGAAAGAUAAAGAAGUGAUCAUCAGUCUGGCAGUGUCGGGGAGUCUGCUCUUCAUCCUCAUCGUCGUCCUCCUUGGCGUUAUUUGUUUGCGGAAGGAGCCAAUUAGCAGACAGGGGUAUCAACAUGUGGUCAGCCAGGACGUCUUAGAUAAAUCCUGACAGAAGCACAAACUCCUCUCUAGGAGAUCAACAAGCCUGGCAUCUUGGGACAGCAGCGAUGACGAUGAACUUUGAACUCUAAAACUCCAGAGGUACCUUUUUGAUGGUUUCACCAACGCACUCGGGUCGGGACCCACAAUAAG